GUCGGCCCCACAUGGCGAUCCAGCCUCGGCCCCUCCACGUCGCCCUCUCCCCAGCUGCUUCCGCCGCCCCUCCCCAUCGCGUCGCCCGUCUGCAAACUGCCGCCUUUGCCGAUCCGCCUCCACAUCUCCGCCUGGAAGACGAGAAACGAGGAAGACGAUCCCACCUCGCCUGGAAAACGCAUCCCAAGACUUCAACCUUCCUUUCCGGCCGGAGAUCCGCUUCGCAUCUCCGCGACAGAUCCGGGCAAACGGGCCGAUGCAGUUCUUCGGCGGCUCGUCGCUGACGUCGGUCGCGCCGGAGGCGACCCCAGCCCCGGCGGCGCCCCCUGGUACGGGCACGGGCGCCAGCGCGCAGGUCCUCUACGUCUUCAACCGCAACGGCGUCUGCCUGCUCUACCGCGAGUGGCACCGCCCCCUCCGCACGCUCGACCCCACCCAGGAUCACAAGCUCAUGUUCGGGCUCCUCUUCUCCCUUCGCUCCUUCACCGCCAAGAUCGACCCAACCACGGCAGAAAAGGGAAAUCUUGGUGUGCCACUACUGCCAGGCCAAGGUUGUUCGUUUUAUAGCUUCAAGACAAACACAUACAAACUGAACUUUACGGAGAGCCCUUCUGGUAUAAAGCUUAUACUAAUUACACAUCCAAGGACUGGUGAUCAGCGAGACUCGCUAAAGCAUAUCUACAACCUAUAUGUGGAAUACGUUGUAAAAAAUCCUCUGUAUGCUCCUGGAACACCAAUCAAGUGCGAACUUUUCAACAAACAUCUCGAUCAAUACGUGAGAACAAUAAUUUGAUGUCAUUGAGGUAAUUUCUAUCCUUGGUGUUUUGCGCAGCACCUGAAAUACUAGUUCUUUGAAUGCUUAACAAUCGAUCAUUGGUGUGAUGUACAGUGCUGCAUGUAUUUUGCAUCAGUGUUUGACAAUCUUUUUAUGUGAUUAUAUACUUUGGGCUCUUUAUUGCUCAUUCCCAUUUGCUUCGUAUGAACCUUUUGUAAAGUUCUAUCGAGUUGACAAAAAAUCCUGACUAAAAAAAUUUCAGAUGCUUUUCUUGUGUUUCCUUCUAUCAUCUGGAAACCGACAUUUAAAAUUAUGUAUCAUAAGAAUCUCGACAGCUUUACUUGCUCUUAAGGAUCUGUCAAUAAUUUAGGCCGUGCUUAUGUGAGCUUCUGGCCAUUUUUGAACUGCUAGCUUUUGGAAGGCGCAGGCUUCUGGCUUCUGGGAGCUCCUAUCUUUUGGACCUCUUAUAAGUUAGCAGUCCAAAAGUGGCUAGCAGCUCAAACUAACAUGUUCUCGGUGUUUAUGGCAGAGAGCCAUUGACUCACCUUCGUCCUUGUUCAGCUGAGCAUUGUGUUCCAGUUUCACACAAUGCGGUCUUACUGUUUAUCUAGAACUGGCACAACCGAGAAGGCAGGCAGGCAUAGCUGCUAAUAUACAUGUCUUUCUCAUACUUAUCACCAGUGAAAUGUUUAUUUGCAGACAAUGGGUUGGUGAGGCAAAAAAAGGUCCAUUUCAUGUUCUUUAGCGUGAUAUCACCAUUUCGUGGAUGGUAGACUUUUCUGGUGGAAAAUUUGCACAGCCGCACCAUGGGAGCUGCAGUAUUCUUGUGUACCGACCUCAAUUUGACAGCUCUACUGUGACAACACUCCUGUAGCCUGUUUGUUUGAUCGUUACGGAUGCAUUCGACAGGGAAGCUGCAUUGUGCAUUGUCGCUUCUAGUGUGACGUGUACAUGAUUAAUCCAUGGGUUAUUGCGUCACCGUUCAAGGGGGUUCAUGGUCAAGUAGUAAUUAUUUCAUAUUUGAACCGGUCGCCUUGUCAGAUGACUAGACUGAAACAUCAUGUUUUCCGCUUGAGACAUUGUAUGAUUUGUAUGGUUGGCUGCUAGGAUAAAGUCAUAUCAGGAAACGUGAUACUAAAGGUCUU